AUGUCUAGUCUCGGCCUUCAUUUCGGUAUCAUCAAGCCGUCUGAUAUAAUUCUAGUCGACGAGACGGGCAUCGCCGUUGGAGGAAACAGGACACGGCCUGCCAACGCAGCUGGAUUUCUGAUUCAUUCUGCGCUCCAUAAAUCUCGACCGGACGUUAAUGCUGCAAGUCACUUUCAUUCCACCUACGGCAAGGCGUGGUCUACCUUUGUGCAGCCCCUUGAAAUGCUGAAUCAAGAUGUUGCAAUAUUCUACGUCAAGGCUCAGAGUGUGUAUAAAGAAUUUGGUGGUGUCGUGCUAGAAGAGGACGAAUCAGCAGCUUUAGCAAGUGCUCUUGGUAAAGAAGGGAUAGGCAUGAUUCUUAAGAACCAUGGACUGCUUACUGUGGGGAGCACCGUCGACGAGGCCGCGUAUCUGUUUUUGUUGAUGUGGAAAAGCUGUCAAAUUCAACUCGCGGCAGACGCUGCCGCUGCUGCAGGCCGUGAGAAGGUCUACAUCUGCGACGAAUUCGCUAGGUUCACAUUCGAAAAUACCAGCGAAGCUGAGAGUUUGCAUGCUGAAUUCCAGGUCUACUUGCAGUUUGAGAGCGGCGAUUCUCAUGACGGUUAUAAGGCCUUGUAA